AUGGAAUCUCCCAGAAACCGGAAACAACGACGCGCCGCUGCGGCCGCUGAUUCUUUCGAUGCAUCCUCAAUCCCGCUCGCCCACCCACCGCGAGGCACCGCGUCAGGUGGCCAGAAGAGCGAAAGAACGCUGGUGGACAUCAUAGCGGAACGAAAAGAAGAAUCCGCUGAAGGCAUCGCAGGCACAGCAGACGCAGAAGCAAUCCCAGGGACGCGAUUCGUAACCGUCGACCCGUCGUCGGGGGAGAUAUCAGGGUUCGAUCCGAGAGUCCACGGAGACAAAGAAACUGGUCAAGAGAAAGAUGAAAGCGAAAGCCAGGGAGUCGACGAGCCGUUGUCUGCGUUCCUCGAUACAAUUCUGCUCUCAUUCCCCCUGACAACUCUCCAUCUAACACUGGCCUAUCUCGCGGCCCAUCAAUACGCAGUCGAAAUCCCAGUCUCCAAUCUCCUCCGCGAAUCUGCAUUCAUCACAUUUCCCAUCCUAACUCUCCUCAUCCACCUGGCCCAUGGCCACAUAAUCUCAUUCGGUCGCCACGCGACAACAAACGACGAACCAUCGCUUUUUCCCUUCACUUCCGAGAAGCUAUCAAUAUCCUUCCUCCGACAAUUGAUAUUCCCGCCAUCACUCAAGACGCUCGUUUUUCUGCUGCUCGCUGUCUUUUUCGGUGCCAAGUUGAUGACGAUCACGAAUAACGCGCCAUAUUAUGCUGUUAUGAAACGUGCACCGGCUAUUGGGACGUUGUGGGUGUGGUGUAUACUGGAGGUUCCGUUGGGUGCAUCGGUUUUGGGAGCUUUGGGGCCGCUGGGUUGGGGGGUUUGGUAUAAGGGAUAUGGUAUUUUUUAG